CUGCGAGUAACCUAGACAACAAGCAACUCUCUCUUUCAAUCUUUUAUGAAUAUCAAUCUUGAAUCAUCUUUAUCUUGGUGACAACUUUAUCUUCUUCCUUUCAUUUAUUUUCUUGCAUAUGAAUAAAGCUCUAUGAACCACUUCAUUUCAUAUCUCAUUAACUAUUUUGUUAAGCUCACUUGAGCACAAAUCUUCUUGCUUUAAAAUUGCUUUCAUGGAAAACAAUAACUAAUAAGAAUAGAAAAAGUUCUCCAUCACCAAUAUUUUCUAAAUCUUCGAUUAAUGGGGCUGCAAAGAAAAAAAGGUACAACUAUGGGGGAUUGAGCAAGAUAAGAGUUCAGCUCUUUUGGAAUGUUGUGUGUUUCUAACAAUACAGAUCGUGUCUGUAAAGUGGACUGCUGUUCUAAAACUCGGACGUUUGUUUUUCUUUAUAUUCAAUGAUGUUUUGCUCUUUAAUUCUUAAGUGACAGAAAUUAUUCUUAAGCUCUCCAACGUUUGACUUCUUUGAGAGAGAGAAGCUUUGAGAUUUUAAAGAUCUUAACUCAUAAGUAUAGUGACGUAAGCAGUGGCCUAAGCAUUUUGUAAAACCUAAUAUAAAAUUUCAAUUCUUGUUGAAUUAAAUUAACAAUAGUUGUUGACAAAGAAAACAUUAUCUCUACAACAAAGAAUACAAUAACUACAGUAUUUAUUACUCUGAAGUUUUGCUCAGAGUUCUUUUUUAACAUCUUUGAUUAUUACAAGACUAGCCAAGAAUGGCUGAUGAGGUGAUCCUUCUAGAUUUCUGGCCAAGCCCAUUCGGUGUAAGAGCAAGGAUCGCACUGAGAGAGAAAGGAGUCGAGUUUGAGUACAGAGAAGAGAAUCUGAGGGAAAAGAGCCCUUUGCUUCUCCAAAUGAAUCCGGUUCACAAGAAGAUUCCGGUUCUGAUCCACAACGGUAAACCAGUCUGUGAAUCCAUGAACGUAGUCCAGUACAUCGACGAGGUCUGGUCAGACAAGAACCCUCUCCUCCCUUCUGAUCCUUACCAAAGAGCUCAAGCCAGAUUCUGGGUCGAUUUCAUCGAUACCAAGGUUUACGAACCAGCGGAUAAGAUAUGGUCAACAAAAGGCGAGGUACAAGAGAAGGCCAAGAAAGAGUAUAUUGAAGCACUCAAGAUUCUUGAGUCUGAGCUUGGAAACAAACCCUACUUCGGAGGAGAUAACUUUGGGUUCGUAGACAUUGCCAUGACUGGUUAUUACAUGUGGUUCGAAGCAUCUGAGAAAUGCGGUAACUUCAGCAUCGAACCAGAGUGUCCAACACUUAUGGCUUCAGCUAAGAGGUGUUUGCAAAGAGACAGCGUGGUUAACUCUGUCCCUGACCCUGAGAAGAUCGUUGAGUUCGCCUUUAAGAUUCGCAAGAUAUAUUGUGUCUAAAUUGCAUCCUUCUUCAUCUUUGGUUUGUGAAUUGAUUCCAUCUCACGUCUUUGUUCUCUGUUUUAUCUUUUUCAGUUUUAUUUUCUCCAAAGAAUAUUUGUUUCUUGUGACUCAAGAACAUGGUUCUUAUUAAAAAUGAAGACUUCUACU